AUGCGUCCACCAUCUCCACCAAGACUCCUCCUGCUCAUCGCCCUCGCCCUCGUCGCCCUCUUGCCACUGGCACAGGCCAAAUUCUGGAGCGACAGCUUGUCCUACUGCAAAUGCAUCUGCUUCACAAAUUCGUCCAGCAUCCCCCUCUACAUGCCCGAUGACCCCUCAAAACCUUGUCUCUCCUGUACACGCCAGUUCUGCCUGGACCAAAAGCUCGCUAUCUGCAAAGGCGCACAAGUUCCCGAGCUGGACACGGACGUUGGAACGGGCACAGAGGGUGAUGUCGAGGCCCGCUGUUUCAAACGCGAUUCCCCUCGUGACCAGGCCAUCGUCACCCUUUUCGUCUUGACAGUGUGCGGUCUGCUCUUGUACGCCGGCGUCAGGUCAAAACUCCGCAAGGCGAUUGAGGACCGUGGCCAGCCGACUGAUCUGCGCGAGUGGGGUGCAGCCCUCCUCCCGACCAGCUUGAUAGAGUAUACACGCGCGCACGAAAUGCGCGGCGGCAACUCGCUGUACCAGCAGGUCACUCGAGACAACAAUGGUCACUGA